UUGUGACAAUAUCCAAAUUCCUUUUUUGUUUCCGAUAACUGAAUCCAUGGCAUUUGUGGUUGAGCCCGUUGUCUCUGGACUCUUUAAUGGGUUGUUUGAGAAAUUGGGAUCCAGUGAGGUACAAGACUUUGCCCGGCAACUUGUUGGAGGGGUAAAUUCAGAGCUAGACAAGCUGAAACGUAUGUUGGAGAUGGUUCAAGACCUACUCAGCGACGCAGAAGACAAAAAACUGAAUAAUAAUAGGGCUGUGGAAAGGUGGCUUGAUGAUCUUCAAGACUGGGCUUAUGAUGCGGAGGACAUACUGGAUAAGUUUGCCCACGAAGCUUUGCAACGCAAACUAAAGGAAAAACACCGGGCUAGCUCUAGCAGGGGAUUGAACAACCUCCCUUCUUGUUUCACUAGCCCCUUGUUCAACGUCCACACGGGGUCCAAGAUCAAAGACAUCACUAGCAGCUUUGAACAACUCUGCAAGCUGAGAACUGAUCUUGGAUUGCAAGUAAAUUCUGCAGGGACAUCAAGAACUACUUUACUACCAAGACCAGAGCAAAGUUCAAGCGUGCAACCUGAAAAUUUUGUUUAUGGAAGAGAUGAAGAUGAAGCCAAACUAGUUGAAAUGGCCGUGAAAAGCGAUCAACUAACUAGUGCCAACUAUCGCGUGAUUGUCAUUGUUGGUAUGGGAGGGAUCGGCAAAACGACGAUGGCUCGGAAAAUAUACAAUAAGCUGCAGCGGGAAGAUUUCAAGUUUGAGAAAAUAGCAUGGGUUUGUGUUUCAGACAAUUUUAAUGUUCUCACAAUCUCAAAGACACUUCUCGAAUCAUUAAAUGGCUCCUCGUUCUCCAUUCCGAGUGAUUUAAAUGGAGUCCAAGUUGAGCUGCAGAAUGCGGUAAAAAGCAAAAAAUUCUUAGUAGUAUUAGACGAAGCAUGGGAGGUGGACUACAAUAAAUGGGAGCAGCUUAAGUCUCCCUUCAUAGCUGGUGCACCUGGAAGUACAAUGAUCAUCACGACACGCCGUGAAGAUGUUGCAAAACCAGUAAAAUGCUCCCAUAUUUACCAUUUAAAGCUUUUAUCCAAAGAAGCCUGUUGGUCCUUGUUUAAGGAGCAUGCACUUGCAACUGGUACAGCUGCUGAUGCUGAUCUAAUUACCGAUUCAAUUUGCAAGAGAGUUCUUGAAAGAUGUAGUGGUCUACCUCUGGCAGCAAAGACCCUCGGUAGUCUUCUACACUCUAAGCCCAUUGAUACUUGGGAAAGAAUAUUAGACAGCGAAAUAUGGAAUUCAUCCAAAGAAAAAGAUGUUCUCCCCGUAUUGAAGUUGAGUUAUCUCUAUCUUCCUUCGCAUUUAAAAAGAUGUUUUGCAUAUUGCGCGGUUUUUCCAGAAGACCAUGAAUUCGAGGAAAAGCAACUUGUAUUUUUAUGGAUGGCAGAAGGUAUUGUUCAAUCAUGUGAUACACAACUGGAUGUGGCAGGUCAGUACUUUAAUGAUUUGUGUUUAAGGUCGUUUUUUCAAAAAUCAAGUAAUAAUGGUUCUAAAUAUGUACAACAUGAUCUUGUCCACAAUCUAGCUGAAUUGGUUUCUAAAAAAUUUAGUCUCAGAUCUGAGGAAGCCACUAUCAAACUACCAGAAAAUGUUAAAAAGAUUCGUCAUUUUUCUUAUAUUCCUGAUCAUUUUAAUGGAGAAAAGAAAUUUGAAGGCUUGGAAAAACUUAAGAGUUUAAGAACGUUCUUGCCGGUAUUCACAAGGCCUCAUUAUAUGUAUGGAACUAAUUAUAGUGACCAUUACAUAACUGCUGGGGUUCUUUUUGAUUUGCUGCCAAUGAUAAAAAAAUUGAGAGUACUAUCUUUGAAAAGAUACUACAUCACUCAUUUGCCUGCUUCAAUUGGAAAUUGGAUUCAUCUAAGAUAUCUCAACUUUUCUUACACUAGGAUCAAAAGUUUGCCUGAGUCAACAAGUCAAUUAUUUAACUUGCAAACUUUGUUAUUAAAACAUUGUUCUUAUCUUGUAAAGUUACCUUGCAACAUGAGAUAUUUGACCAAUUUAUAUUAUCUUGAUAUAAGUGGUCAAAAUUCAUUGAAAGAGAUGCCGUCAAGAAUGAAAGAGUUGAAAAAUCUCCGAAUGUUGACUAACUUUAUUGUUGGGAAGGAACCGAGCUUGAAUUUGGAAGAUUUGAAAAGCUUAAGCUUUCUUCAAGGAAAGCUUCACAUUUCCAAAUUAGAGAAUGUGAAUAGUGUAACGCAAAUGGGUGGGCCUAUAUUAAGCAAUAAAAAAGAUUUAAAAAUGUUGUUAUUAGAGUGGGGAUCCAAAUUUGAUGGCUCAAAAGUAGAGAGAGUAGUAGAGGAUGUGCUUGAAAUGUUGAAACCUCAUAGCAAUCUAGAAAAACUAACAAUUAGAUCCUAUGGUGGUUUAGUAUUUCCAUCUUGGUUAAGCACUUUGUCAUCGUUCUCUAAAUUGACGGUCCUUAGAUUAGAAAAUUGUGAAAAUUGCUUGAAUUUGCCUUCACAAAGCCUAUUGAGCUCACUUAAAGAGUUAGUCAUCAAAGGGAUGCCGAAACUAGAAAGAAUAGAUAUGCGAAUUCCUUACAAUUCAUUAGAGAUUCUUGGUUUUGAGAAUUUGGAAAACUGCCAGUAUUGGGACACCAAAAGGGAAAAUGAGAAUGUUGAAAGUUUUCCAAAACUUGGUAAGCUUUCCAUUAUUGAAUGUCCGGAACUUAAUGUAGAAUUGGUUGAUCAUCUUCCCUCCUUGGAAAAGCUUGUCAUUAAAAAGAGUGCAAAGUGGGUGGUUUCAUUCUCAAGUUUUCCAAAGCUCACCAAAUUAGAAAUUGAUGAGUGCAAGCAAGUGGUGUGUACUAGUAGUUCUACUGAGUUCAUGUCACCUCAGUCUGAAUCUCUUCCAAAUAUUGUAGAGUCUGAAAAUUGGUUGAGUCAAAAUUUCACUUGUGUUGAGAAGCCACUAAAAUGGAGUCAUAGUCUCAUCUCUCUUGACAGCUUAUCUUUAAGAAGUAGUAGUAUCUCAUUUCUAAACACCAUUUUUCCUCUUAAUUUGAGUGAUCUUGUGCUUGAAAAUUGUGAGGCUUUAAAAUCUUUACCGAAAAGAUUGAAGCAAAUCAACAUAGAAAGUUUGACAAUUUCUUCUUGUGAUUCUCUAUUAUUCAUUGCAAGAAAUACACUCCCUUCGUCUCUAAAAAGGCUUGAGAUAUCAUUUUGUAAGAAAUUACAACAUUUGGAGGGUAUCAGUUCUACUCUUCUUGAGUACUUGAAGAUUUAUACAUGCGAAUCUCUCACGUGCUUAUCAUCAAGAGAAUUGUUGCCUAAGACACUCAAAAGUCUUCAAAUUACUACCUGUCCAAAUCUCACAACAUUAUCAAGAAGGUGGUGCCUACAUGAAACACUUGAUGACCUCUAUAUUUUUGAUUGUCCAAAGCUGAAGUCAAUAGAAGAGGCAAUUCACAAUAGCCCCCGUCUUAAAUCUAUUUAUUUAUGGGGUCUUCAAAAUCUUGAAUCCAAUAGGUUGUUCGGCCUACAGAAUCUUACUGGUCUUCAACAGUUAAUAAUACAUAAUUGUUUUGUGUCGUUACCGAUAGAAGGUAUUCCAACCAGCUUAACAUAUCUUUGCAUUGGACGGGAUGUCGAAAUGAGUAAGACAUUGAUUAGAUGGGGAUUACACAAUCUCCCCUCUCUUAAACAUCUUGUCAUUCAUGGAUUUGAAGAUCCAGGGCUUAUUUUAUCGGAAAACCAGCGAAUGCCCGUUCUCUCGAAUCUUUGGACAUCUAUAAUUUCGCACCGUUCAGAUCUAUUUCAGACUUGGGCACACUCUCCUUUCUUAAAUUAUUGAACAUUGCGGAUUCCCCAAAUCUCGAGUCAAUUCCAGACCUAAGAAGCCUCGUAUCACUUAAAAGCUUCUCCAUUAGCCUUUGCCCAAAGAUCAAAUCAAUUCCAGAACUGGGAAGCCACACCUCCCUUGAAGAAUUUGGAAUUUGGAGUUGCCGAAAUCUCAAAUCAAUUGCAUGUCUGGAAUGCCUUGCUUCUCUUCAAAUCUUGAGUAUUUCGGAUUGCCAAAAUCUUAAAACAACUGCAUGCCUGGGAAGCCUCACUUCUCUUCAAAUCUUGAGUAUUUUGGAUUGCUCAAAUCUCAAAUCCUUGCCAAGCCUGCCCACCUCACUUCUGAGGUUACAGAUUGACCAAUGUCCUUUGCUAAAAAAACAGUGGAGUAGAGGUAAAGGAAAGUAUUCCUCAAAGAUAGCUCACAUCCCUAAUGUUCAAAUAGAUGGAAAAUUCAUUUUCAAUUCCAAGGAGGAAGAAGGAAGCGAUUCAGAGUAGGAAGAAUUGAGCUUAAUUAAUUGAAUUCAAAGGAUGCAGUCAGAUAAUCAUUAGUUUCAUCCAAGAUAAUCAUCAGGGAGACAAUCAUUGUGGUACUUCGUGCAGUUGGACAAUUGGAUAGAUUAAAUCCAGAUUCGGAGUUUGACUUUUAGCUUGGUGGAAGAAAGAAAAGGGAAGACCAAUAUUCCAAAAUAAUCCAUGUCCAUUUAAGAGGAUAGAUGGCAAGAAGUCUCUUGAAGAAACUGGAUAAGAUGAUUUCGCCAAUAACACCAACCUGGAUAGAGAUUUGAAGAAUAUCUGAAGAGUGUCAGGGCCACAAACCAUUAGGUUAUUGCUGCACAAACUUGGGGGCUCCAUUCAAUCACCAUGGCUCCUUACGUAAACUUAUUGUCAUGAUACGAGGAAUGUGAAGCUUGAUUAAUUGCAGUGGCAAGGCAGCAAUGUAUGCACUGGAAUCGAGACAGUUUCUUCAUCCAGAGAAAACUAAUUCUUGAAGAAAAUCGGUGAAGAGUGACUGUUUUGAGUUGUAAAGUCUUGUUAAAUAAUAAGAGCCAAAGACUGUAGAAGAAAGUUCCAUCUUUUGGGAUUUUUGUGCAUAAAGUGGGAGAGAUUUAAAAGACAUUUAAAGGAGUAAGAAAGCAAUGAAUCAUCUUAUUCCGGAGAAUCAUCUCAUUAUUCAAGUAAAUUGAUUGUAAUCUCUGUACCAUUCUGCAAUUGGGCACUGUUGUGGGUGAAAGGAACAUUUAGAAGCAAGUGUCAACAAGAUUCUCAGAUUGGAGGUUCUUAAGGUUCAGGUUUGGAGCUUUGGAUUCCUUACUGAAAUUACAGUAUAGAGUUUGGAGCUUCUAACUGUUGCAGUUGUUAAUUAAGAAAACAAGUAAUAGACCUUUAUAUAUCCUACUAAAGUCGAACAACCAAUCAAUGUUCAUCUAACGCAAGCACGUGAAUCCUAAGAAUGUCGAGAUGAAAUCAACACAACUUCAAUGGUGUGAUGUCUAGCUUAUGUCAUUUCUACAGUAGCUUGUGAUCAAUCGGUUUCUAUGGUGGAUCAAAGAAAGUAAAAAUCUCUAAAACUUAUUUCUUGAACUUUAGAGAUCAGGAGGUGCCCUGCUUAUAAAUUUUGUCAGAGAAGGCUUGUUGGAUCUAAUAAGUUCAAGGCCAUUACCAAAUCAACAAAAAGUUCUCACAUCCCUCAA